GAUUGCUGAUAAGGUAGAGUUCAUGUCAAAUGCAUAUUGCCUCGAAAUCUUGAACAAUCGUUUCACUCAAGUAUCGACCCACAUACGGUGAAGUGUCCUGGAAAUAAUCUCAUCUGGUUCCACAUAAAAUUCUCGAUAAUUACUCCAGAAAAAAAUGAUAUCUCCGUGACAAUCGAGCAUUUAUAAAAGUUAAAAUCUUCCGUGACGCAUUUGUUGCAACGCGGCACAACUCUUAGACAAAAACACAACAUAAACAGAGGGAACUGUUGGUUACUGCCGUGUUUUAGUCAGCCAUAUUUGCCAGUCGAUUGCAAACAAAAUUCCAGGGGGAUUUAGGCCUGGAAAAAUGACGGAGACCAAUGGAGCUGCCAAUUCAAAUACAAAAAAUGGAAAUUUCAUUUGUGGCGUUGUGGAAGGGUUUUAUGGAAGACCUUGGACGACGGAGCAGCGCAAAGAUCUCUUUCAAAAAAUGAAAAAAUGGGGGAUGGAUUCGUAUCUGUACGCUCCAAAGGACGAUUACAAGCACCGAGCAUAUUGGCGUGACCUGUACACCGUGGAAGAAGCUGAACAUUUAACCGGCUUAAUAACAGCAGCCAGAGAGAGUGGUAUAACUUUCUACUACGCCCUCUCCCCAGGUCUUGACAUCACGUACUCCAGUGCAAAAGAGGUAACAGCCCUGAAACGAAAGCUGGAGCAGGUUUCCCAGUUUGGAUGUGUGGCAUUUGCCCUGCUCUUCGACGACAUCGAGCCAGAGAUGAGUGAAGCCGACAAAGAGGUGUUUCAAUCCUUCGCCCAUGCCCAAGUCUCAGUGACAAACGACAUUUUCCAUCAUCUGGGCCAACCAAAAUUCCUGCUCUGCCCAACGCAGUACUGUGCCACCAGGGCAAUGCCAAACGUCUCGACCUCAGAGUACCUGAACACCCUGGGGAGUAAAUUAGCUCAAGAAAUUGACAUAAUGUGGACGGGACCAAAAGUCAUCUCUCGUCUCCUGACAGUUGAGUCAGUAGAGGAGAUAACAGAAGUCUUGAGACGACCACCAGUGAUCUGGGACAAUUUGCACGCCAACGAUUACGACCAGAAGCGAGUGUUCCUGGGACCGUACUCUGGCAGAUCUCCAGAUCUCAUUCCAAAGCUUAGGGGGGUGUUAACAAAUCCCAACUGCGAGUAUGGAGCGAAUUUUAUCGCUAUUCACACGUUGGCUCAGUGGAGCAGAUGCAAUGUGGAUGGGAAACGAGACCUCAGUCUUAAUGACACUGUAUCAGCUGAUAUAAAAUUGGAGACAGAGACUGAGGAUGGUGUUGUUGGAGAGGACGUACCCUCGACACUCUCCCCGAAUAUGUAUCAUCCCAGACACGCCCUGAAGAAUGCCAUUAAUGAUUGGCUACCAGAGUUCAACAAGAAAAAAGCUGCAUGGGGAGUGAUAGCAAAACCGCAGCCAGCUGUUGCCCCCACAAUACCCAUUCCCAUUAUUCCCUCGAUAAACACCUGCAUGAGUCUCACAACAACAACGAGCACCGCUGUUGUCUCAGUGGCAUCAGCUCCAGCAAUCUCCAAUGCCAAUCAUCUUCAGGCACUUGCUGAAGUCUGCUCGAACGUCACUGAGAGCUUUGCACAGCCCCUCCCAGGUCCCGUCAUGAAUUCACUCAUCUCUGAGACGAAAGUCGUCAGUGAACCAGUCAUUCCCAUUGUCAAUCCAUCAUUGGGAAUCUCUGGGGUGCAGAACAGUGGAUCCACAGAGCCCAUGGACUGCAACACCACUCCCAGUAAUUCACCAGCUCACGUCGCGAAAAUUCCCACCGAGGAUGAUGUCAUGUUUGAGAAUACUUCCACCUGCAGUGGAACUUCUGGCAGUAUGCAGGUGGAAAUUGAUGGUACGUCCCCAACUAUCAAUGGAAAUCAGAUGAUUGUGGAGAAUGAUGCAGAUAAUCAUGAGCCUGGGGAAGACACUGAGAAUGAUGAGGUGAAGGAUGUCGAGAAGAGACUCACUGUCGAGGAUCUUUCACUUCUCUGUGAUCUUUUUUAUUUACCAUUCGAACACGGGGGACAGGGCAUUCAGCUUCUCCAGGAAUUUAAUUGGCUCAAGAGCAAUGCACAUGUCGUCAUCAGGAAGAGCAAGGAUGAGGAGGAGAAGGGCAAAGCUGAUAUUGAGGAGUGGCAUGCACGUGCUGCCAAAAUGAAUGACAUGUGCAGUGCUGUCAAUCGUUUAUUCCAACGCCUCACCUACUGCAACAAUCGAGAAUUACUGUACGAUCUUUACUCGUACAUUUGGGAUAUGAGAGGAGUUGUCUCACUGUUGAAUAGUUAUGUCAAGUGGCUGGCGUUUGGCAGAUUUCCAUCGACGAUGACAACAUUUACCCAGGGGAGCUACACAUGGUUCUCGAAUGGAUGGAAGGAAACUUUUAUGAGUGGGGACCAAGAACCGUGGGUUUUCAGAGGAGGAUUAACAGCGGAUCUGCAGAGGCUGAUUCCAGUGGACAGUGGGAACGAUUUAUUCGUGUACAAAGCACCUGAAAUUCCCACCAGUAAGAUCUACACCAUCAGACCUUAUCUCCCAUCUGACGAAGACGCUGUUUAUGCAGUGUGUAAUAGAAUUACUGGGGUCAGUGGUACAUCAGCUGUUGCUGACAGACUCGUUGGUGGAUACUUGACCCUCAGUCCAGAAUUCUGUAUGGUUGUCGAGGACGAUGACGGCAUUGUGGGAUACAUUGCAGCUUCGUUGAAUGUUAAAACAUUUAAUCAAAAAAUGGCGGUAUCUUGGAUACCAGAAUUGCAAGUGAAGUAUCCACUGGAGGACAUCACGAAUGACCUCCCUUCAAGUGUUCAGGAGGCGAUAAGGUAUUUCCAUUCAUUUACCGUUGAUGUCCCAGAGCAAUUGGCUCGUCAACAUCCAUCACAGAUAAUGUGUUCAGUAUUACCUACUGUUACGGAUCAGUCGAUCCCUAAGAGACUGAUAACUUGUAUUCUCGCGGCCUUGAGAGCAAACGGUUCAUUUGGUGUUCACACAACAAUGUCAUCGAUGGACAAAGAAUCCCAUGAAUUUUACGGAAAACUAGGGUUCGUUGAUUAUAAUUCCGGACAGGACGAGAGCCCUGGAGUAAUCACCAUGUGUAGGAGCUUCUAACAGAAGGCCAAUUCUUCAGUUAUAUUCGUAAACAAAGUUUACCUGCUCGAAUCAGCACCAGAGCGGACAGUAGUUUAACAAAAAAAUCACUCCACAUCAGCCACAAAAUUAUAAACGAACACGUUGAAGGUUGAAUUCCAACUGAAAGUUGAAUGAACUCAAUCCCUGCCAAUUGAAAAUUAAUGGAGAGGCAGCUCUAUGUAUAUAAUGUGCGAGAAAUGAGGAAUUGUUGGUAAAUGGUGAACGGUGUGUGCCUCUUCAUAUCAAUGAUGCGUCGAAACGUGCAGUAGUCUCUAUUGCUCUGUCAUUUUACAAUAUUCAGCACAAGUUUUAUAAAAAAAAAGUUAUGUGAAUUCAGAAAAGGUUAUUGAUGGCGGGUGAUUACGUAAUCAAGAGAUUGAUUCAGUUAUUGGCCAGGGAAUGACGAAAUUAUGAUGUUUGAGGGGAGUCCUAUCGAGGAUUAUUUUAAACAAUUUUUAUACUGACAUCCUGAGGAUGAAUGCUUGUACUGCGGUGUCAUUGAGAAUACUGGGCAGAUUAUCCAAUCGAGUUUAGGUUUAUCGUACAAUUUCGAAGCACAAGAUAUUUUAUUCAAUUUUUUAGAUAAUUUUUCAAUCGUUUUAUUAGAAAUCAGUUGCGAGAAGGUAAAGGUAAUAUAAUAUAAUGAAUCAUUCCCUGAUCAGAUUAUUGUUAAAUAUCUUAUAUUUUCAGAGAGGUCGCGAAAUUGUUCUCAAGAUCCUUUUCGUAGAGUGAAAUAAGAGGGACACAAAAGAUUCUUACGAAAUAUUUACUAUUUCAUUUAGAUACACAGAUAUUUCCUGAAAACUCUUCGCUUCUGAGGCGAUCUGGCCAGUUGUCUCGAUCCCACAAAAUACGCAUUGAAUUCUGUAUGAAAUGUUAAUCCUUAUCAGACAACCAUGUGAUCGGUGAUUCAUUCGGAUUAAAAAAAUCGUCAAGACUGA